CAAGCACCAAUAUUCUUCAUUCCUCAUCGCUGGAAUAAUGGCUGCAAGAGAAAACAUCUCCACUCUUAACGGUGAGAAAAUCGGAAACAGCAACGACACCCCUUCAUCUGAGAUGUGUGUCACCAAUACAGUUCCGAGUCAAGUUACCAUCGCGAUAUACAUUCUUAUUCUCUUUACAUCGCUAAUGGGAAAUUUCCUUCUUAUAACCGCAUACGCGAGAAUGAAAGAAAAGCUUCUGUUUCUCAUUGCUAACAUGGCUGUGUCCGACCUUCUCGUGGCAAUUUUCCAAAUCCCUCGUCUCAUUACGAUAGAAGUCACUGGCUAUCCUGCCUUCCUCGUUGAUGGAGUGUUCGGAAGUUUUCUCUGCAAGCUGUGCAAUUUCCUGAGCGAUAUAUCACUCUCCGUGUCAACUCUGAGCUUGGUAUUAAUCACCACAGAGCGCUUUUUUGCCGUUGUUCAUCCUUUAACGUACAGGAGCAUCUCUAUGCAAACUCGUCGUCUUCUAGUGGCCUCAACUUGGAUUUUGGCUGCAGUAUUUCACUCGCCGUAUUUUUACAUCAUGCGACUAGUAAGCUUAACUAACAAUAUCAAGGUCUGCGUACCCAGUUGGGAGCCAGCUUUCGAUCAUAGCGUAGCCCACCGUUACUACAACAUUUUCCUGUUUACGACAGUUUUGAUUUUGCCACUCCUGGUUGUUUCCUGUUUGCACAUUUCUAUUGUCGUGAACCUUCGAAGAGACAAAAUAGGAGCUGAGUGUCGUACUGACAUCGGAGAGAGAAGACAUCAAGAACGCAGCAAGAAUUUGAAAAAGAUGGCCUUUGCCACUAUAACAGCUUUAUUGAUAUGUUGGUCACUCUAUAUUGUGAUUAAUUUGCUCGCUCUCUUUUCACCUAAGGUACUAUCUAAAUGUAACAGGAUUUUUCGCAUAGUUCGUAGUAUCGCCUUGCUAUUGGGGGGAGUUUAUUGUGCACUCAACGCCUGGAUUUGCCUUCUUUUUGUUCCAAGGUUUUCUCGUGAGCUGUUUAGUAUGUGUCGGCGAAAGACUCCACGAAAUUCUGUAAUGCAACAAAAGUAAUGAACAGUUCGAGUGUUCUACUCUCUAAACUCGAAGUAAAAAAAUAACUGCAAUCGGCUCUCUAAGCUAGACCUUCAGUAGUAGUUAAAAACAACUUCAACAAUACCCGGGUUCAGUUUUAAGAGGCUGUCCGCCUAAGAACGGAUAAGGCAAAUUUCGGACCUUCACCGAUUUCCCUGAUUUUUACUGUAAAAGUCGAGACUUCUAUCCCAUGAACAAAUAUUGCGUUUAUUUUGAACCACUCUGGUUUUGUUCACUUUUUACGAGAUAUUUUUCAAGGUGACCUCAAAGGCACCCAGUUUCCCCCCCGACCUCCAUAAUUUAGCUACUAAAGUCGAUCGCUGCUGUAGCCGUA